UUGAAGGCGGAAGUGUCGGUUUAGCAUAGCGCGGAUUUUUUUCAGAGGGUUUCAAGUUAGUCUGUUUGUCAGCGUCUUCCUAGCAGUUCAUUGUGACUGGAAUAGCCGAACAAGACUCAAGUACAGCCUCAUACAGAGCAGAAAGUCAGCUACUGUACUACACAUUUGAAGGCAAGAAAUGGCGGGUGGCGGAGAUCUUAUGGAUGGUGAUUUGGAAGAUGGAGAGAUCUCUGGGUCCAGCUCGGAUACUGAGAUGGGACCCGCGACAGCAGCACAAGGAUCUCGACCCCAGCUUCCCCCGGCUCUCGGCGGUCAGUCCUUCCAGAACAGAGCCGCUGUCCAGCAACCUCCAGCCGCCGCUUACCGCAGCACCGGUAGGACGGUAGAGUCUAGUGACAGUGACCUGGAGUCCUCUGAUGAGGACACGAAUGUUUGGCGCAGGAAACGCCAGAAAGUGUCCAAUGUCCCGCAACCCCCUGGCUGCAGCGUCCGGCUAGGGCCGACCCCCGUGCCCGCCCAGGGAGCACUGGGUGGCCGCAAAGUGAAUAACAUCUGGGGCUCUGUAGUACAGGAGCAGUGCCAGGAUGCCAUCACCGCAGAACUUGGCGUAUUUGGCAUGGAUGGUGUUAGUAUGUCCAGCAGAAAUGUGGAGACUUAUAACUUUGUCCUUGCCCGGAAGAUAAUGGAUAAAGAGAGGGAGAUGGAGGCGCAAUCAAAGGAAGAAGGAGAAGUGAGCAUGCUGGAUGCUGAGCUUGAGGAGUACAUGAAGGGUAGGGGUUCAGAAGAGAAUGCAGGUGGUGAUGCAAAGAGGAAGAGGCCCGCCAAAGAGAGACUGGGCCCCAGAGCAGAGAUGGACAUCAAGGGCCGGUAUGAGAUCACAGAGGAUGACCCUGAUGAUAAGGUGACUGAUGAGAUUGCAUACAGGCUGCAGGAGCCUAAAAAGGAGCUGAUAAGUCGUGUUGUCAAAGUAGUUGGGAAGAAAAAAGCCAUAGAACUGCUUGGAGAGACUGCCACCCUGGAGGAGACUGGUGGUGUGUACACCAUGGACGGCAGCAGGCGCCGGACACCAGGUGGGGUCUAUCUCAACCUGCUGAAGAACACCCCCAGCAUCACCAAGUCUCAGAUCAAGCAGAUAUUCUUUGAGGAGCAGGUGAAGGACUACAAGAGCAAGAAGGCUGCCCAGAAGAGGAGGCGGCAUUUGGUGGCCAAGAAAAUGAAGCAGGCCAUCGGCACACUGAACCUGCAGGAGCAUGAUGAUGUCUCCAGGGAGACUUUUGCUAGUGAUACCAAUGAGGCUUUGGAGUCACUGGAGGAAGGUGCAGAAGAUGAGGAGGGACAGGAGGAAACUGCUGUGGGCACAGAGGAGACAGCAGUGGUCUAUAAUUCUGCAGACCUGGAGGUCUUUUGAGAAUGGCCUGUCGUCUGAACAAGGAUGUUAAUGAAACGCUGAAAGCCCUGAAUAUGUAAUUAGUACAGAAUCCACACUGGUGUCUUUUUCUUUUUUUUUUUUUUAAACUUAGCAAUAAGCAGCAGUUUUGUUAACAAAAAUAUAGCACUUGGUUUGUAUAGCAUGGAUGUUUUUUGCAGUUCAAAUGGUGUUUGCCUUUUAAAACAGUCUCUAUCAAACAAAUGUUGUGAUAUUCAAAUACCGUAACCAUUUUUGCUGUAAUUGUCAUUAUAAGCGAAUGAGGUCUUGAGUUAUUAAUUUCAUGUAUGUAUCUCUCUGGAAAGUAAUAAAAGUGGUGACUCAGGUAAAAGUAUU